CUCUCGGCCUCUUCAGUCUCGACCUUUCCUCACUCGCUCCCUCUUCUCUCUCUCUCUCUCUCUCCACUCGUUGCAAGUGUUUCUUGGUUUUGGGUGUGAAGGGUGUAAAGAUCUUAGUUGGGUUUCUGAGUUUUUAUCGUAAAAACAAAUAUGUUGUUAGGGAAGAGACCUCGUCGUCCUUCGAUGAGGAGAACGACCAGCUUGACGGAAUUCACGCUGGAUCUAAGCGGCCUAGAAGAUUCUUCGGCGACUUCAGACAUGACGACGGCGGAGAACACCAUGAAAGAUAGACAGAAGGUUGUAGUCCAAGAAGGUCCGGCGGCCAGAAAAAACCAACCAGCGGGUUUUGGUGGUGGUUUUGGGCCAACAGAUGGGUUCGAUUACCGUCUCAUGGCAACUGUAUCGCCUAGACCAACCCAUCGCAAGAAUUUGAGCGAUUUAAUGGAAACGUCUCAAUUCUUAAGAGCUUGUAACCUCUGCAAACGCCGUCUCGGUCCCGGCCGUGACAUCUACAUGUACAGAGGUGACAGCGCGUUCUGCAGCCUAGAGUGUCGACAGCAGCAAAUGAACAAAGACGAGAGGAAAGAGAAGUGCGCAGUGGCAUCGAAGAAGGAUUCACCAAAUACCGGCGGAUCGGAAUCUUCUCCAAGUAAAGGAGAGACGGUCGCCGCUGCAUAGACAUGGGGAGGUAGAAAGAGAGAAAGAGAG